CGAUUACACAAUGCAGUGCAGAGAAGUGAAGGGAGUGAGUUGUCAGCAUAAUAAUAUUAAAUAACUCCAAUAUGUUUACUAACAAUCAAACUGUUGUGCUGCAUGUAUUUUAGCGCAGUUUAAUGAAAAUGCUGCUAAUUGUAUUGCACAAAAAUGCAGUAAUUUAAUUGUUAAUUAUCAAGGUUCAAAAAACGCGCAAGACUGUAGUUAAAAAAUAUAGGUUCGAAUAUGGGUACCGCUUCAUGAUCGAUUGAAAAGGUCCCUAGGCGGCUUACCGCUAAUCGAAGGAUUAAAGAAACGCAUAGAAUGCAUUUUUUUCGUGGCAUAACAAAACAUUGCCAAUUAUCAGCCGUUGCCCAGCUGGUCAACUGAUAUAGUGAUGCCAGACUGCUGCAGUGUUGUGCCUGUGCUGCCAGACGGAUGGCUGUUAGAUUGAGCUGGCAACGCUCGCAAGCUUGGCAAAAAUAAAUAACAGCAGUGUUAAGUGAAAGUAGAAUUAACGCAAUUUCCUAUGCAGCGUUAAAUAAACAAAAACCAUUUAAAAAUUUGGCAAAGUGUGAGCAGAGAACAAGAUGAGCACAGAUGCUGAGCCAAGGCAGCUGAAGCCCGCUGAAGUUGGGCAAACGGCAGCUACAGCUGUGGCCAGAGCGACGAAGUCAACAAUAACAACAACAAUGCCAACAACAACAAGCGCAUCGAAUGCAUCGACACACGAUUGGCUACGCUUAUCACAAUGGAUGCAUUGCUUCUGUGUGGUCACCUUCGAUUUGAACUUGGGCCAAGCAUUGGAAUAUGUCUAUCCACCAGAGUGCAUGCCCAGCGAUCAGGAAGUUAGCAACAUUUGCUAUAUGGCCUUUCCCGAUUCGAAUUCAGGCUGCAUGGGUGAUACCAAGUUCCACAUGCGUCUGCGUGCCAUAAACAAUGCCAAGCAAAUCUUGUCCGCCCCGCUGCUGAAAUACAAUGGCGAAUGUGCGCCUGCCAUGCGCUAUGAUACAAGCCACUACUGGGGCUUUGUCUACUUUCGCCAGAAGCGCGAUGCCAACUUGCCGCGCGGGUAUUUUCAAAAGAGCUUAAUUAUCAUAACGCGUCUUCCAUACUUUAAUUUAUACUACGAUGUAUUGACGCAACUGGCGCCCAAAUACUUUGAGCAAGGCAGCGAGCUGUUACGUCAGGCUUGCGAGCAAAUCAACAGCCAAUGGCCAUUGCUGCAGGUGGGACAAACACUGAAGCUGCCGCUGCUCAAUUGCAACUAUCAGAUCUUCGUACCCAUGGCCGGCAGCAGCUGCCGCAAGCUGGCCAGCUUAACAAAUGCAGCAGCAGCUCAAGAGGAAACGGCGACCACAGCGCUCAGCAAUGAGCUGGAGCUGCCUACUUGCGAGAAGGUGCUGACCUCAGUCAACGAGCUGGAUUUGUUUAGCAGUCUUGACUUUGUUAUGGAGCAUCUGUAUACGCUUUGGGAGCUGAUUAUCACCGCAGAGCCUAUUGUAGUUGUAGGCACAUCACCAGCAGAUUGCUCACAAAUGGUGCAGGCUUUGGUGGCUGUGAUAGCACCUCUAGAAUAUUGCGCCGAAUUGCGUCCAUACUUUACCAUACACGAUAGCGAAUUUAAGGAGUUUACACAGGAGUACAGCAGCAGCAAUCGCGUUCCGGCUGUCAUUUUGGGUGUAACAAAUCCAUUCUUUGUUAAACUGCUCAAGGAUUGGCCGCAUAUGCUGCGCCUGGUGGAUAAUCAGAAGAAUAUGCAACAACAGCAUGAGCUGCUGCAGCUGCAGAAGAAUGCACGCAAUGCCAACGGCAGCUCCAGUUCCAGCUCAAAGCUCCAGCUACCGCAGCCCAUUGCAGCAAAUCACAACAUUUUAAAUGGCAGCCUUGGCAAUACAGGAGACAGUUCCAGCGCUGGACUGCAUACCAAAUACAAGCCUUAUCUGAAAAAAGACAAGGCGCUCAUUAAGAAGGUGCUGCUGGGCAUGAAAACGAAACGUCCAGAGCAUGUUCAGACCGCUUUGAUACGACGUCAUCUGCUGGAGUUAACGCAAAGCUUUAUGAUACCAUUGGAGCGCUAUAUGGCCUCGCUGAUGCCGCUGCAAAAGGACAUCAGUCCUUUUAAGUCAGCGCCCAAUGCCAGCUCUUUUAAGCUGGAUGAUUUUCUGGCCACGCUAGAAACAGCUGGACCCCAGUUGACUUCCACGCUCAAGGGCGACUGGAAGGGACUCUACAGACGCUUCUUUCGUUCGGCCAAUUUUCGUGGCUGGUACGAGUCGCGGCACCGUGAGCUGCAAUUAACUCUCCAAGACUUGCAACUACAGGCCCUGUCCAAAGCCAACUUGGAGCACUGGGCGCACGAUAAGCAGGAAGUCGAAAUAAUUGACAUGAUACUCAAGCUGAAACAGAAACUGAAUCUCUACGCGGACAAGACACAGCUCGAGAGCAUUGCCAAUGGCAAUACCCAACGUCAGAUACGCGCCCAAAUUGAAUGCAUGAAGAGCCUACUGCCCUCCGAUCUGAAGAAUGUUGUAAAUCUUUGAUUGAUGGUGCGCGUCUGAUUAGUUCAAUAUACAACUAUUUUAAUAAUUAAUUAUAUGUAUGUAUGUGUGCUGCCCCACCAUUUUUAAAUUGUUAGUUAUAUCAUACACUGCUAUAUAAUAUUUGUUUAUAUUACAUACAUAGAUUAAGUCCACACUUUGUAUAAACACUUGUCACAAUACCAUAAUUAUUAAUUACAAUUAUAUUUUAUAUCCUUAGUUAUAUAGUUAGUUAGUUAUAUAUUUAAGGCCAGUGUACAAAACGAAAGAAACCAUAUCCAUCAUGUUUUCCAGUUACAGUUGUAUAUAUUUGUGUGUAUUUUAAGUCUAACAUUACUCCAGUUAACAGAUUUAGUCAAAUUCUUGGUCUACAGUUUGAAACUAUACAUUGAGUACUUGCCUUUCAAGGAAAUUCAUACUAAAUAUUCCUAAUUGUUGUC